CGCUACCAACGAUUAUUUUUCGGCGGAACGUUGAUCCGGAACAUUGCAAGCUGCUGAAUACGACAUCGAUAUCUUUUCGCACACAUUUAAAAAAUGAAUUCUUCAACUUGGAUAAACUCAGCUUUCGUUUUAUUUCUAUUUGCUGUCUUACAUGAAGCAUCAGCUGCCGAACCAACCAAAUACGCUCAAACAGUUUUCCGAGCACGACAAGCAGAAGCGAAAAGAAAUCGUAUAAAAUACAAGCCAGAUACUGGAGGCAUAGAUAUCUAUCCUGGUUUUAUACUCGAUAAAAAUAUGAUCGACUUUUUGCCUCCCACUCUGAGUAACGAUGAAAAAUUAACUCAGAAAUUUACCAGAAACGACAACGAUUUCUUCAAAGUAUGUAGAAAAAGUGAUCAAACUCCAGCGGUGGCUAAAUCUUUGCAAUGGGGCGUAAUAGAUUCCCUCGCUGUGCGUGAUGCAAGGCCUUUUUUUUACUCCCCCAUCCCGCGUAACAAAGAGCAUUUAGAUACAAAAACUUUUGAAUUCAUGCAAUCGCCAUUAUCAAGAUCGGAGAAAGAAUAUUAUAGAAAUUUUCAUGCUUACAAUUUUUGCCAUUACUCUCCUAUGCCAGGGUUGAAACAUGUUACAGAAAAAUCAACUUUUGGCAAAAGUUAUAAUGUUUCAUAUGAAUACGGCGCUGGCGGUAAACAUUCGUGCGAUUAUUUCGAAUUUGGACUUGAGAAUAUGAAACCGGAAAAACAAGGCAAAGAAAACUUUAAUGAAAUGUUUGAAAAGGGUAAUAAAUGGACUGUUUUAUAUAGCCUCUGCUACGAUAAAAAAAAUUACGUCACAGCUUUCACAAAACAUGAAAUAGAUUCAUUCCAUCUACUUCAUCGUAAACUCAAUCCUUAUGCUGAUGCACAAAAACACGAAAAAAAUUUCGUUCCUGAUGAUAUGGAUAAAUUCUAUGAUUUGGAUAAUCAAUUAAAAUCUUUGAAAACGAAUAAACUAGAUAAAGAAAUUGCAGCAUUCGAUGAAGAAAUGAAUUACUUCGUUAGAGUACGCCUGGUUCCAGAAUACGAUACAUUGUAUGAGAGUUGGCAAUACAUAGUUCAUAAUUACCUUAACUAUGCUCCACAAUGGCGCAGUGUUAAUUUAGGACAAUGGCUGAAAGUUGAGCAAGACAUAAGAAACAUGGCUUUUAAGCUCGAGAAAAAAUUAACAGUCUACACAGGAGUGUAUUAUAGAAAGAAUCCGCCCACAUUAUCAAUCGAUUAUAUUGAUGACAAAAACAAGCCAGUUAACAAAUCAUUACCUAUACCUUCAUUAUUUUACAAAUAUGUUCAUACUGCAGUUGCUGGAAUUGUUAUAUUAACUGCCAAUGGUGUCAGUGGUUCUAUUAAUGAUAUCAAAUGUACGAAUGUUUGCUCAAAUUACGGUUGGACGUUAACCAGCUCUACGUACGGUCACAGAAAUCAAGAAGAAACGGGAUUAACUAAAUGCUGCACACCUGCGGACUUUUUUAAGCAGCGUAAUGUUAAGGAUUUUCUUCCUAAACUCGAUGAUGAUGUGCAGAAAAUUUUGACUUAUGGUGGACUUGAAGUAGAUGUUGGUAGCCGACCAAUAACACAAAUACAACUUGACGAAGGUAUGAGUGAUUCUAAUAUAAUUGGUGCGACACAGGUUCUCAGCAAACCAAUUGAUAUCACUAUGAGGGCUGCUUGGAAGAAUAGCUUCCUGAUAGGAGGGCCUAUGCCAGUCUAUUGAUUAAGCACCUACCUAAUAUCUACCUAUCUAUAAUCAAAGCUACCUAUAAUGUUCAUUUUUUUUGAAUCAUUAUCAUUAUACAUAUCUUAGAAUAAGUAGGUUCAAGUAUGAUGAAAAAAUGUUGCUUUAACCAGCACCCAUAUGAUUUUAAUUCGAUUUUUCAUGGUACCUACUACAUAUUAUAGGUAGGUAGCUGUGUGAAAAAUAUUUUAAAAUGCUCGUCAUAUAAUUAAGAACUCAUCUAUGUAUUAUUGUAUUUCAAGUAGAUAUACCUACCUAUCUGCAAUUUUAUAUUUCCUUAUAAUUCGUUUCAAAAAAAUACAAUA